AUGUCGUCCCGGUAUGAGGGGUUAUACCACAACAAUGCGGAUCCAUACAUCCGCGAGCAAAACGCGUUGGCUCGCGCCCGCUACUACGAACAAGCCUCUUCUGCAUCUGAUCCUCCUCACUGCUACGAAACCGUGCCGGCUACUGCAGGGGACAGCUCUCCGUCUGUCCCUCAAUCUCAUUCCCACCCUCCCUACGCCUCACAUACCACCCCGGUUACCACCAGAGGUGAAAGCUUCUCGUCUGUCGCUCACUAUACCGCCGACCCCUCCAGCACCCGCGCCCAAGUCACAGCCUCAACUGCCCCAGGGCUAAGAAAUGAGGCUGGACCUUCAUCUGCGGCCGAACAGAGUGGCCCACUCCACAACGAAAAUGGCCUGCUUAACUCCGUGUCGGCGACCGAUGCGGUUUUCGGGGCGGGAUACGAUAGUCUGGGAAGAAGCCUGGCCGAAUGCAAAGACAAAAUCAACGGUGUUACCGAGAUUCUGGAGCGGAUUCGGAGCCAGUUGAACGCGCACACACGCAACACCAACGCAAGACGCCUCAAUGUGAACAAAAGGGGAGACGACAUUCUGAGCAUGUUGUACGACGAGUUCGACCGACCAAUCCCUAACUUUCCGCGGACGCCGGCCGCGAUUGACACCUUGGAGCUCCAUGAAGUCGACGCAAUAAUCUGCGCCUUGGGUACGCAGUUGGCGCAUAUUCAAGGGGAUCACCGACAGGCUCUUCGACUCUUGAUAGGAAUAUAA